ACUUAGGUUUCACUCAAACUUCAAAAUCUCGCUUAAAUAUCUUAAAAAUCUAAAAUACCAAAAAUCAAAGGUGUAUGAGCCUCGAUACUUACUUACAGUAUUAAGACAGAGAUUUUCAGACCUAGAAUCAGGACUAUCUAGAUGGUUAAUCCUCUUCACAGCCGGUUUCACAAAUAAAUGUGUGAUAUCUCCAAGAGGUUGGCGAAUUUCCAGGUCGUUCUGAGGAAGAUUAGCGGCAGCUGUAAAGCUGGCACUCCCAACUGAGAUGUUCUCCUUAUCCGCUUCUUCCUGGUAUGAAGUAGUGUUUAAACUGAGCUCUUCAAAAUCCAUGGCCAGUACAAAGGAAUCUAGCAGGGCUUCGUCAUUAUUUAUCUGAGUUAAAUUCAAAUUUGAAUUGUCCAUUUUUGUAAUAAUCCGGGUAAAUUUAUUUAAAAUAAAUAUUUAA